UUAGAGGUACACCAUUUUUGUCACAGAUGAAAUAGAUUCGAGAAUAUUCUUGUGGUCCUGCUAACACCAAGAAAAGACCGUUCGGCAUUUUCACAGUUAGCGCAGUCUAAAGGAACUUUGCUUCGAACGUUAUUUGACAACAAAUUUGCUGACGCAGGAAAUGGGUGCAGAUAAACGGGUUAGCCGUUCAGAACGCAGCGGCCGGUAUGGUUCUGAGCAGUCUCGUGACGACUCGGACCGGAGAGAUCGACGGGACCGCGACUACGAUCGUGGGCAUGAUUUCCGCCGUGGCGACAGACACGACGGGGAUCGAUACUGGAGCAGGGACAGUCCAGACAGAGGUCGUAAGCGCCGUAGCAGCGAUGGGUCUGACGACGGGCAUCACUCUGAUGGAGAUUAUUCAGAGCACGACUACAGGGGAGACCCUAACGACGAGAAAGAGAGCAAAACCAUCAUGCUCCGCGGACUACCCAUCAAUGUCACCGAGGCAGAUAUCCGAGGGGCCAUAGAACAGCUGGAAGGUCCUCAGCCGAUGGACGUGCGCCUGAUGAAGAAGAGAACAGGUGUAAGCCGAGGCUUCGCCUUCGUGGAGUUUUAUCACUUGCAAGAUGCUACCCGGUGGAUGGAGACCAAUCAGAAACUGCUGUCCAUCCAAGGCAAGACCGUCGCCAUGCACUACAGUAACACCAGACACAAGUUUGAGGACUGGCUCUGCAACUCAUGUGGCCUGUAUAAUUUCCGACGGAGACUCAAGUGCUUCAGGUGUGGUGCCGCCAAAGCAGACUCGGAGAACAGCAGCACGGCCACGCCCACUGACACCCAGGCCAGCGGGGAUUACUAUGGCGACACCAUUAUCCUGAGGAACAUUGCCCCUCACUCGACAGUGGAAGCCAUCAUGGCUGCCCUGGCACCUUAUGCCAACCUGUCACCGGGCAACAUCCGCCUCAUUAAGGACAAGCAGACGGGUCAGAACCGAGGCUUUGCCUUCGUUCAGCUCUCCUCUCCUCUGGAGGCGUCCCAGCUGCUGACCAUUCUCCAGGGCCUGCAGCCUCCCCUGAAACUCGACAGCAAGACGAUUGGCGUGGAUUACGCCAAGAGCGCUCGCAAAGACCUGCUGUUGCCCGAUGGAAACCGCAUCAGUGCCUUCUCAGUAGCCAGUACUGCCAUAGCCGCUGCCCAGUGGUCCUCCAGUCAGGCCCAGCAGAGUGUGGAAAGUGGAUCAGAGUACAGUUACCUCCAGGAAGGAUAUGUUCCUUAUUCACAACAGGAGUACCAGGCCUACUACCAACAGACCGCAGCUGUGGAUCCAUCCCAGGCCAACGGCAUUCUGGGAGCUGCCCCAGGAGUUAAGGUUCUCCCAGCCACCACUCCAGUGGUCAUUUCCCAGAGUCCCCAGGUCUACCAGUCACACAUCAUCAGCCAACCUGCCACUCAGACAUUACAGGGUGUGCAUCAGAUAGAGGGGAAACCACAGACAGUCACCGCGGCCGCCACCAUCUCUGCUCCCGCCACCUCUGUCGUCGUGGCAACCACCACAGCUACUGCCACAUCGAUCGCCACUGCCGAGGCUGGCAAGACAGCAGCUGUUCCUGAUACCUCCACGUACCAGUACGAUGAAUCAUCAGGGUACUACUACGACCCUCAGACGGGACUGUAUUACGACCCCAACACACACUAUUACUACAACUCUCAGACUCAGCAGUACCUGUACUGGGACAGUGAGAAACAGACGUACGCGCCUGCCACCGACUACAGCGCCGGCGCUCAGGCCAACGCCUCGGCCACGCCCGCCAAAGAAGCCAAGGAGAAGAAAGAGAAACCCAAGAACAAGACCGCCCAGCAAAUUGCCAAAGACAUGGAGCGCUGGGCUAAGAGUCUGAACAAACAGAAAGAGAACUUCAAGAGCAGCUUCCAGCCCAUCAGUCAGGAGGAGAGGAAAGAGGCCGCCGCCGCCGACGCAGGCUUCACACUGUUUGAGAAGAAGCAGGUGGGGGCUUUGGAGAGGUUGGUGUCAGAGGCAGUGAAAAUGCCAGAGGAAGACACCUCCUCUAAGUGUGGUCUGGUGGCGGCCUACAGUGGCGACAGUGAGCCAGAAGAGGGCGCCGAGCCGGAGCGCAGUGAGGACAAGAAAGACAAACUGACAGACUGGAAGAAGAUGGCCUGUCUGCUCUGCAGGAGACAGUUCCCAAAUAAAGACGCUCUGCUUCGCCACCAGCAGCUCUCUGACCUGCACAAGCAAAACCUGGAGGUGCUGAGGAGGUCCAAACUGAGUGAGGCGGAGCUGGAGGAGCUGGAGAGGAAGGAGACUGAGAUGAAGUACAGAGACCGGGCGGCGGAGAGGAGAGAGAAAUACGGUAUCCCAGAACCCCCUGCGCCCAAGAAGAGGAAGUUUACACAGCCCACUGCAGUGAAUUACGAGCAGCCAACGAAAGACGGGCUGAACAGUGAUAACAUCGGGAAUAAGAUGCUCCAGGCCAUGGGCUGGCAGGAGGGCAAAGGUCUCGGACGCAACCAGCAGGGCAUCACUGCCCCUAUAGAGGCACAGUUGAGAACGAAGGGUGCUGGUCUGGGCACCAAAGGCAGUAACUACACUCUCUCAGCCUCAGACACCUACAAAGACGCCGUGAGGAAAGCCAUGUUCGCCCGCUUCACUGAGAUAGAGUAAACCUGUUAUCUUGGGAAACAGCCAAUCCAGUCGCUCCAUGAGUCUGUGAGAAUGAUCUGACCGUGCGGGUCUUUGAGUUUAUGUAUAUAUGUACAGUCAACAGGUCUUUGAAUAAUGUGAAAAGUUUGAGCGUG